AACGCUAUGCUUCAGUUGCUAGAGCGAAGUGGUAUCGAAUGUAUGUGAAUUGAAUAGUGACUCACUCAUUUACAAGGUAAAAGUGUAAAAAUAAUUUAUAAUAAUAUAUUUGUGUUACGUUGCGUUGGUAAUUUACGUUUUGCACAUUUUGUGACGAAUAUUUUUUAAACAAAAUGCUAACAGACAAGAUGAUAAUACCGGCACCAGAAAUCAAGGAUCGGAAGGUGGUGAAGCCCCUGCUUUGUGGCCCGGGCCCUUGUGACAUAUGGCCCUCGGUUUUUGAGGCCCUCACACGGCCGAUCCUAUCGCCUAUGUGCGAUGAAAUGUUUAAUGUGAUGGACGACGUUCGCGCCGGUCUCCAGUAUCUGUACCAGACUCGCAGCAAGCUGGUACUGGCUAUGUCUGGGUCUGGUCACAGUGGCAUGGAGGCCCUCAUCACAAACCUGGUGGGGCCAGGAGAAACCCUGCUCAUUGCCAGCAGGGGCAUAUGGGAUGAACGCGCUUUAAAUAUUGCUAGACGAUAUGGCAUAAAAACAGUGGUGACGAAAGUGGCGAUCAACGCGACAUUUUCAUUUGCGCAACUGGAGACAGAGCUCCAGCGAGUGCGGCCCGCGGCGAUGUUCAUUACGCACGGAGAUUCCUCCACGGGCUCCGUGCAGAGGAUCGAGGGGCUUGGCCAGCUCUGUCAUAAAUAUGGGGCUCUGCUCUUGGUAGAUACAGUUGUAUCGAUAGCGGCCUCACCGUUCCUGAUGGACGAAUGGGAAGUCGACGCAGUAUACUCCUCAACUCAGAAGGCCCUGAGUGGACCGGCCGGCAUAUCUCCAGUGGCAUUUGGUCCUCGUGCUGAAGAAAAAAUCAAAAGUAGAACAUUUCAACCGCCAUUUUACUUGGAUAUCUCACUGUUGGCAGACCAGUGGAAUUGUUACGGAAAUACCAGAAAAUACCACCAUACCCUUUCUCCUCCAUUGUUAUGGGCACUACGCUGUUGUCUCAAGGAAGUAGCCACGGAAACUCUGCCCAAGUCUUGGGCUCGUCACGCCGCGGUCACUGGACACUUCCACAAACGGCUGCAGGAGUAUGGUUUCCAGCUCUUCGUGCCCAAACCUGUAGAUCGGUUGACCACCGUCACUACAGUCGCACUACCUCAUGGAUACGACUACCUUGCUUUUAGCAAAUAUAUGAGGGAGCACCACAACAUCCUCAUUUUCGCCGGGUUGGGCCCCACUGUGGGCAAGGCUCUUCGCAUCGGCAUCAUGGGCGUCAACUCUACCAUGGAAGUUGCUGAUUCAAUUGCCGAUUCCAUGGCGGACACUAUGCGAGCAUUGACUAAAUCGUCCUUAUAAGAAGUCGUAUAUAUCCUUAGUUAUAUGGGUACAAUGAUCUUGGGCGUUAAGAAGGCCAGAUUGAAGCAAUUUAUAUAAAAAGUAAUAUUGCUAUUUGAUAUCUUGUUGGCAUAUGCGCAAAUGUCAAAUUGCAAUAUUGCUUGUCAUAUUAAUUGCUUCAGUGUGGGUUUAGACCUCCUUAGGUUAACUAAGGACAGUUUUGGAAUUUUUGUUGCUCUGUUUUGUCUUGGAGCACACCCCCUCCGGUUGAUAGACGGGAGGCCUGUGCCCAGCAGUGGGACGUUUAUCGGUUGUGUAUCAUGUUUUGUCUUGAAUUCGAGUGAGUAGAAAGAGACAAAUUUGAAUAUCCAUGAUAAAUAAGUCAACAACAUUGUUCCUGCUAUUUUGCCUAUUAAACGUGUGUGAGGUUUAUACUAUUUAGAUAAGUACUUAUAAACUUAAAAAUAAAUUGUAAGAUAAAAUGGGGAAUAUAUGUAAAAACUUAAUAUA